CUUACCUUUCGUCCCUCCACUCUCGGUCUCCCAUAUUGGGCUGGCCCAGUCAGUCAGUCUCCCUCCUCUUCGUCCAAUCCAACCACAUGGCUCUCUCUCUGCUCUCCCUCCGUCUCCCUCAACUCUCUCACUCACUCCCUCAGGCUCCUCCUCCAACUCCUCCUCCCCUUCCCUCCCUCCCUUUAUCUCUCAAGCUGUCAACCACACCCACACCCCAUUCAUUUCUAAUUUCCCUACCAUCUCUACCUUAAGUUUGUUCUAUCUUAGCCGCCUCACCUUUUUCCACGACUACCUACCUAUCUUCCUCCUCCCUCCCCUCCCUUCUCGCCCCAAAAAUCAUCUUCUUCCCUUUCAAUCAAUCUUCCUUAGUUAUUCUAACUAACUUAGUUAACUCAUCCACUCCUCUUUCCCCCCCCCUCACGGU